AAAAUUUUCAAAGCCAGCACGUUUCAAGCCUCUCUCUGGAACUUCCCAGAUUUGUCUCUCUAAAAGCAUCCAAAUUAGGGUUUUCUCUCGCUGCUUUGGGACGAAAAAGUUUUGGAUUUUCGGAGAGGUGCGUAGUCUUCCGGCGUGCUGUUCGUUUUCUGGAUAACGGAGAAGGAGACGAUUUGUAUACCCGAUAUGACAUCUGUUCAGACAAUUGCUUGUAUUUUUAGUGCUGGAUAGAGGAAAAUUCAAGGAAUGUCUGACUUGUGCAUGUAUGAGCUUGAAGAUAUUGGCUGGCAAGAAUUUGGACAGGAGGAUGAUCAUAUAGUGCCUCAUCCUGAUGAUAAACAUGAGAGUGAAAUUAGCCAUACGAAAUCUCAAUAUGAAGUAAUUGGUGUUUCAAGUAGUGAUGGUUACCAGUGUGCUGCUAAUUAUGUUACUCAGGUAAAGGAGGAAGGAGACUUUUCAACUUGUAAGAACAGGAGGAAUAAAAUGUUGGAAAAGGAUUCAUGGGCACACACACCUGAAGGUGUGUCUCCUGCUUCAUGUGAUGGUGAAUCAAUCAAAGAAGAGUCAAGUUUAUCUGAUAAUUCUAGGAUGCCAAGUCAUUGCUUCAAAAGCAGCAAUGUAGGUUCAGUUUGCAGUGAGUUUUGUGCCGAUGAUCCUAUCAAUGGUGACAGGUCUGCAGCAGUUGACAAUAAUUCCUAUUGUUAUCCACUUGAUCACGAUUCUCAAACUGACAAAGAUCUCAGUUUUCUUGUUAAUGAUUGUGAGGACAAAGAAUCUAGUGAUCUCUUCUAUUAUGAGUGGCCGGAUAUAGAGAACUUUGAGGAUGUUGACAGGAUGUUUAGUGGUUGUGACACAACAUUUGGGCUUGGGGAUGUUGGUAACGAAGAUGACCUUGGUUGGUUUUCAUCAUCACAUGCUAUUGAAGGAUCUGAUGAUUUAUUAAAAUCAGAUUUCAAGUUUUCUUGUCCAGAAUCAAGUCCAUCAAAAAAUAUACCAGAACACUCGUAUAAACUGGAUAAUUCAAGUUCUGUAAUCAGUGAUUUCAACAUGGAAAAUGCACCUGUUAGCUAUAAAUCUAGUUAUCAAACAUCAAAGGAUUACGAGUCUGCUGCUCUUGAUCACUUGCCUUUCAUGAAUGUGUCUGAUUUGACAUCUGAAAGCAAGGAUGAGUUUACACAGAAAGAGCAGAUCAAUUCGCAUAAAAAGCAUUCAAAGCACCACAACCAAUCAGUAGGAAGAAGGAAAGGCCGAUGCUUAGAGAAUGGUGGUUCAUAUCAUCAUAGUGGAAAGCUGCAAUCUAAAGACACAAAGCUUCCUUCUCAGGAUUCAUCUUGUCCAGUUUUUCCCUCCCCAGGCGUUAGGCAACAAACGCAAAACAUGAGACUUGAUUCUUUUGGUCACUUGCGGACCCAUAAUCCUUAUAUACAUCCAGACAUCCGUCAUCGUUCGAAUCAAAUUUCAGUCAGCCCUGUUCUUUCUGCUGUCAAAUACAAAAAUAAUGGUCUAGCAUCUCUCUCCCAGAAGGAGUCUUCUUACGCAUCAAAUCAAGUGCAGUCUGUGGAGAGAUCCCAUGAUUAUUCAUUUGAGGCCCCUGCUAUGGAAGUAAAUGAGAAGAGGAAAAAACCAUUUCUCAGACAAGGAUUUCAAACCUCGUGUAGAAGUAACCAUAAACACACAGAUUCGGUGGUUCAGGCUGCACCUUGCAGUCCAAUUUCAGUUUGGAAGAGACAACAUUCUGAAAAUGAAGUUGAGAAUCCCAGUGACGCUGAAGAAGUUAGCAUGGGAAUUUCAGCAGAAUUAGAGUUUACAAAUGUACAGGAUAGCUCUUGCUUGAGCUCUGAAUUGAAUGAAAUCUCACAAGAAGCAACUAGUUUUCGCCAGCUUCAACAUGUCAUGGAACAGUUGGACAUAAGGACAAAAUUAUGCAUAAGGGAUAGUCUAUAUCGCUUGGCUAGGAGUGCUGAGCGAAGGCAUAACUGUGCAAACCUGAAUGGCGGCAGCAGAGAUGAUACUGGUGGAGCGUUGAUGGAUGAAGGAACAAAUAAGUGCAAUGGAUUCAUGGAUAUAGAAACUAAUACAAAUCCUAUAGAUCGGUCUAUUGCACACUUACUGUUUCACAGGCCCUUAGACUCAUCUGUAAUGCCUGCACAUGAUGCUUUGUCAAACAAGUCACAUAUGGUUCAUGGGUUGAUCGCUAGUCCACCUGUGAAGGCUGAGAACCUGGUUUGUCAGGAAGAAACUGCAGCUGAAGCAGAUAAAAAGGUCGCUGAUCAGUGACGGCAAACAACAAAGAAUCAUUAGCUGCAGCAGAGUUGUAAGAAAAUAUAUCUACUUCGAACUAUGUGCAUGAUCAUGUAUAAAAGAAACAUUUUAGAGGCCCUAACAUAGAUGUCAGGUUUGGUUCCGUGUUUUAGAUGUCAUAUAUUAGAUCUGUUUUCAAGUCUAUGUUGGUGAAUAUCCUUGUAUCAGUUUCUAAGAUGGGCUGUUUAUCUGCUCCUUUCACCCAAAUAGCAGCUGUUGUUUAUGCCAACUUUUUGUGGACAUGGUAUAUUUCACUGUUAUGAGUUAUUCGAUCUAGCACUCUGCUUCGCACCUGUUGAUUGGUUCUAAAUAUAGUGAGGAUGUGAUUCAUCAUCUUUGA